UAGGGAAUGUGAGCUUUAAGAGGAUGACAAAGGCCAGAGGUGGUGGUUGCGGAUGGCCAACUGCCCAGGGCCAGGGACGAUGACCUGCCCUUAUCAAACAGCCUGCCCACCCACCCCAGCUGUAUAUCACAUGACCCCUAAGUGCAGGGACCGAGACCAAAUGUAGGAAAUUUUCCAAGGGAACAGAGAACUUGCCUCCGGCCACGUGGAAAACCAAGCUGUUAUUUACACGUCCCUGCUUUCCAUGAAAUACACUGCAAUCGCUUGAAAAGCCUAUUUAUACUAGCUAUGGAUAUACUAGCUACACUAGCCUACUCUAUGCCCUCUGAUUGGGUAAAGCAAAGAAAAGAAAUAGCCAAUGAAGAGGUAGACCUGAAGAAUUAUUUACAUUCCUCAUUUGUGACGCUACAGUAAAAUUAAUCCAAUCACGAGCGAAAUCUUACUAACCUUAUUUGAAUACCACAUCUAUAAAUAUAUGGGUCAUCGUGGCGGACGAUUAUUUCUCCAAGGGUUGGCCUUGAUAGUGUUAACUUUUAACGCCAGAAUGCCUGAACCGGCUAAAUCCGCUCAGGCCCCGAAAAAGGGCUCCAAGAAGGCGGUGACCAAGGCUCAAAAGAAGGACGGCAAAAAGCGCAAGCGGAUCCGCAAGGAGAGCUACUCGGUGUACGUGUACAAGGUCCUGAAGCAGGUCCACCCGGACACCGGCAUCUCGUCCAAGGCCAUGGGCAUCAUGAACUCGUUUGUCAACGACAUUUUCGACCGCAUCGCGGGCGAGGCGUCGCGCCUGGCGCAUUACAACAAGCGCUCGACCAUCACUUCCCGGGAGAUCCAGACGGCCGUGCGCCUGCUGCUGCCCGGGGAGCUGGCCAAGCACGCCGUGUCCGAGGGCACCAAGGCCGUCACCAAGUACACCAGCUCCAAAUAAACUUGCCAACCAAAUUAUGGCUGUUUUUUAGGAAAGAAGGAGGAGGAUCAUGGGAGAAAAAGAAAGGUGAGAGAAAUUGAGGAGGACUCAUAAAAAGAUUGGAAGAAGCAAACUGCUACUACAGAAGGGAGAGAAGGGCCCGGAGACCAAAGAGAAGCCUAUAGCGGACUGUGAUGGGAGAGAGGCAGGAAGAAUAAAGAGGAAGAUGGCUGGAUUGACCUUAUGAUGUAUUUAGUAUUUUCACCAUGUAUAAGACUGAAAUCUGCUCCACGUUUCUUGGAUUUUGAGUUGAAUAGAUUGAUUAAAAUGAUAUCAUAUCUGGGAGAUGUUCUCUGACCAGUAGAUGUAAAAUGGUACCUCUCUCUUCCCAUUUUUAACUUGCUCUAUUCAUUCUUCUUCAUUAUACUUAGAACUAAUUGAAUUGACAUAAGUUUAUUAAUUUUUUGUUUCCCCUUCCCGUUCUCAAGACUGUUAAGCUCCAUUGGGGCAGAGUUAGUCUUUUUUCCACUGACUCCCUAAUGCUUUGGCUGUUUCACAUACAGACUAUGGUCUCAGUAAAUAUUUGCAGCACGAUGUAAUCAAUUAAUUGAAAUACACGUAAGUCUGUAACAAUAAAGAUAGCCCGCAGGGCUGAUUGUUGAAAAUACUCAAUUGAAUGACUCAGCCUUUCUGGGUCUCACUUUCUUCAUCUAUACAAGGAGAAUAAAAAUCAUACACUACUUUAGAGUUAUUUUAAGGACUGAGAUAAUUUGUUUAAGAAGCACAGGGUAUAUAGCUUAGUGGUAGAGUGGGUUCAACUCCCAGUAUGUCUAUUAAAUAUAUAAAUAAAUAAACCUAAUCACGCCCUCAAAAGUUAGGAAGAAAAAAAUUUUUUUUAAGUUUAAAAGAAUUGUAACUUUUUUUAAAGAAGGGAUCAUUUGUGUAAAGCUUCUUAAAAAGUUAACGGACAUUUUGCAGGCACUUGGAAAUUGUUAUAUUUUCCUUAGUCACUGAAUUAAAACGAAAAUCAGAGAAGCUGAUUCUCUUCAGAUCAAAAACUAAAGGGAAAGAAUAUAAGCUUUUGAUCUAUUUGAAUUCCACCCCAAGUGGGGUAGUUGGGGAAUUUGGAUCAAAGACCACAUUAUUCAGGAAUAUCUCUUGCCUCAAUAUAAUUUAAGUCAUUAUCUGUUCAUGUUAGUAAUCACUAAAAUGUGCAUAACACUGAUUCGUUGUAGCACAUUAUACAAGCAUAUGUAAACAGAUCCCUCUUCAUUGUGUAGCAGAUAUUAAUACUGAUGGCAACAUGGCACCUAACAUAUAAACUUUUUAAAUUUCUUCAGUCAGGGGAGCAAUAUAAGUGCAAAGAACUGAAUGCCAGCAGAAAGUGAAAAUGAGAAUCUGGCUAGAGAAGUUAUGAAGUAUGAUGUCCAAUCUGCCUGAGAUGAUUCAUUAGUCUGUAUAUCCCACCCAAAUCCUAUCCAUCUGAUUUACUGCACACUGAUUUAUGAAAAGGCGAUCAUUACCUGAGUGGAAGAGCAUAAACAAGGUGUUUUAGCUUUUUCAUUGUAUUUAUAUUUGAAUUAAAGAAAUAGAAUUUACUUCUGUAACAGGCCUAAUUACAGGAAUUCAUUACUUACUGUGGACUACCUACCUUUGCUGGGGAAAGCCUGAAUGAAAGGAUGGCAAAAUAUCUGUAUGUAAAUGAGAUGCUAUAAUUAAUAAAAUCUGGAUAAUUGGAAUGCC